GUGAGUGCGUGUGACCAGGGCGAGUGGAUGCCGUCCCCGCCAUGUCGUUGCCACAGUGUAAACAAUCUUAGUCUGCGCUCCUACACAACUCUCCAUAUACUCUUCCACCUUCAUGCUACCGCUCCCUGCGCCGCGCAUGGUCCACCAGCAGAAAUGAUGAACAGUCAUGUCUAGUAAAUGGUUUUUUACAUCUGAAGAAUAUAUCAAGUUAUAUCCAACAGUGGAUACCAGUAGGAUGGAGGAGGAUCCGGACGGCAAGAGCCAACAAGUGGCAGUUAUCAUGACUGGCCAGGUGUACCGAGAUGCUGGGCUGAAGUACAGUAAACAUCCCAUAGUAGAAGGACUGCUGUAUGACAAGCUGUGCGAAAUUGGUAAACAUAGGCUUAGAGAUGAUGUUAGAAAAAUGGCUCUAGGCAUAGCCAUGUCAGUGUCUGACAAAGAAUUUAAACCCACCGUAGAAUGGCUUGACAAUUUCAUGAGGCGAUUCUGCCUCUCAAAGAAAAAAAUGGGUUUCCACAGCUCAGCAAUGUUGAAGCAAAAGAUUUCAGCUAAAUCAGAAGAGACGCCACCACCCCUCUUUCGGAUAAAUAAGCUUACACAAGAAGACGUUUUAAAUGCUCUGGGAAUAAAUGUAGAGGGUGGAGGUGGCAAUGAUGUCAGUGUAGAUAACAAUGAUACCACAUUACCGGUGGAAAAUGGAAAGUCUAAAGGGGAAGUUUCUAGUGGUCAGAACGGUUCACAAGUUGAAGUGAAUGGAGAACAACCACCAGAGGUUGAUCCUUUUAAAGACGCUGAGCCUAUAGCUGAAAUUAAGAUUGAACCUGAACAUAGUUUGAGUGAGAAAAUAUCAGAUGGUCAAGUCACUAAGGAUGCUAAUAAGUCUAGUGUUACAAUUAAGGAGGAGCCUAAAGACAGCACUGACAAGGUUUCAAAUAGUGAUACCAAUUUAUCCACCUCUGAAAAAGAAACAGGAAAUUCCAGUAUACAAAAUGGGAUCGUGGUUGAGGAGAACUUGGUAAAGAAGGAAAGUGUUGACACAAAUUUGGUUAAUGAAAAAGAAAGUGACUUACAAUUACAAAACAAGAAUUCAAAUAAUAAGCCAAUUGCUGAAAAACAAAUACGUGUAGUAGCAUUUGAAAAACUGAGUAAUGGUAAUGACAAAAAUCUUAAUGAUUCAUCAAGAAGUGAAAAAACUGUAGUUGAAGAUAAAGAUAAUGAUGAUAAAGAAAAGGAAGCAGAUUCAUCAAAUGAUACAGCUAAUGAAAAUGAAGAGGAGACAUCUAACUCCAGUGAAAGCGAUGAAGACAGUUCCCAGUCAAGUGAUGACAAUGAGGCAGGAAGUGAAGCAUCAGAUGAUGAUGAUGACAAAGAUGGAGAAGCAAAACAAAAAUCACAGGAGGAAAAUAAAAUUAUGAAGACCAGACAAGAGGAGGAUGAAAUUAUUAACUACUCGAAGGAGGAAGACAAAUAUUAUCAAAAAAAUUAUGAUGAACUUGUUAAGCGUCUCAGUGGGUCGGUAAUCCGGUGCACCUCUUGCAAUGAGCAAGUGAAUCACCAGUUAAGGUCCUUGGUCCACACUCAUCCGGUACUUAAAGUGUUUAUAUGUAAGAGAUGCCGGAAAUACUAUGGAAAAGGCAAAUAUUGUAAGGAUGAAGAAGGGUAUGAUGAAUACUGCCGAUUAUGUGCAGAAGGAGGUGAUCUCUUGUGCUGCGAACAAGAAAACUGCUUCAAUGGCUUUUGUAAGAGAUGUGUAAAGCGUACAAUGGGACGCUCAGAGCUGAAGAAUGCAGAAACAACAGAAAACUGGGCAUGUUACGUAUGUGAUCCCUCUCCCAUGAUGGAGCUCCGAGCCCUACACCGUACCAUUCUCAGCAACCUUAAGAACUCGGAGGAGCAAGAUGCUAACCUCUCCAGGAAUGAGCUGAGGACAAAGAACAUGAAGAAAAAAUUUGAUGUGCUGAAGAAACAGCGAAUAGAAAGAGCUUUGCUGGAGUCUCCUGAGAAAAAAACUGUAAAGAAAGGCUCAAGAAAUGCAAAAAGUACAAGUGCAAAGAAGAGCAAAGAAAAAGUACCAGAAGAUGGCAUUCAGAGUUGGCUCAGGGAAGCCAUUGAUAAUAUGUCUGAGAUGCUGUCUUUGUGCAUGAAAAAUGUAAAGACAAUUGACUCCAAAUGGAAAGAAAAUAAAUAUUCCCAAGAAGCAACAGAAAAAGCUGGGAAGCGCAUUAUGAAACAGUUACAUGCUGUUCGGAAUAACUUUGAAAUAAUGGAAUGUGAGUUGGAAAAUAAUGUUAAACAAUUUACAGAAAGUGUGUCUUCAGGAAGUAAAGAGUUGACUGAAAAGCCUGAUGUAGAAGCUGAGGACUGUAAUGCACAAAGUACAUCUGGUAAAGAUUUAAAUACAUGCCAAGAGAGUGACGAAAUAACUAGUAACUCAAAAUUGUGUGAAGAUAAGAAGAAAGAAAUUCAUAAGAAUAAGAAGACCCAGAAAAAGUCUAUUGAGAGUGAAGAUAGUGAUGGUGCAGGUAAUGUUGAGGAUAAAAGUAAAGUAGAAGGCAAAAUGGAUAAAGGCAAAUGUUCCAGUGCAAAAGGUGCAAAAUCUAACAAAGUAGAGGAUUCACCAAUGGAAGUUGAUGAUUGCCAAGAUUCCAGUAAGGCUGCAUUGAGCUCUGAUGAUGGUCAUUCACUUCCAGAUCUUGAAAACAAUAUAGGUGAAAUGUUAAGUGAUGGGAGUAAUGAUGUUGGUGCUCCAGAACAUGACGUAAGUGAUGAAGAAAAUGAAGAUGCAUUUGAUAGACUCAAAAAAGAACCUACGAGAAGAAGUACAAGAUCCACAAGGUCCACCAGAGAGAGGGAGAAAUUGAAAGAUAAACAACCAGAGACCCGCCAGAAACGAAAGAAUGCCCAGAGGUACAGCGAAGGGAAUAUGGAUGACGAUGAUCUCAAAGAUGACGCUAAAUCUAGUGCAGAAGAACAUAACGAGAGUGAAGGAGAUUCUAAAAAGUCCAGAACUUCAAGGAGGCUGAGGAAGUUAAAAGCAGAAUCCAAUGAUGAGGAUAGUAUUUUUUCUGAAGCAGAACUUAAGAAAAAAUCUUCAACAAAAUCCAAGAAGGACAAGGCCAGCACAAUUGAUAAGUCUGAAAGUGAAAUUGACAAUGAUGAUAAUGAUGAUGAAAAGUUGAAGAGCAGUGUUAGUCAAUCUGAGAAAAAGGAUAGUGAAGAAAGUGAGGAAGAAAAGCCUGGGAAAGUGGAAAAAGAUGUUAAAAUGAAAGAUAGCAAAGCUGAUGAAAAUGAUGCAAAGAAAAAGAUUAAAGUUCAAAAACAAGAUGAGGAAGAGGAGAAGGAAGAAAAGGAUGACAAAAAUGUGAAAAAUCUUAAGGAUGAUGACAUUGAUAAUUGGAAAGGAGAUAUAAAAGAAUUAAAAGAAGAAGAUGGUAAAAGUAAAAGAGUUAAGGAAGUACCAAAUGAAGAUGAUGAUGAAGAUAACCAAGAUGAUACAAAAACGACAAAGAAUGAUCUAAAUGAAGAUGAUGAAAAAAUGGAAGAAAAACAGGGAAGUGAUGAUGAGGAAGAUGAUGACAGGGUUAAGAAAACUAAGGAAAAGAAAAAUACAGAAGAUAAGGAAGGUAAACAUUCCAAAAAAAGGCGACGACAUGAAGAAAGGGGUGAAAAGAAAAGAGGUAAUAAACAUAAGGAAGAUGAGAGGGUCCUGAGGAAAAGAAAUAAGCCAAAGAAAGAAGAAGAUAAGAAAAUGGAAAGACUGAGAAGACAUCAAAGAAGAGGCACAGAAAAUAAAGAUGAAGAUUCUCAAGAAUGCAGAAAAUCAACCAGAAAACGAAACAAAAGAAAAACCAAUGAUGAGGAUGAGGACGAAGAUGUUCUCCUAGGACUUGUUGAAGAUAGUUCAGAAAGUUCAGUAGAAGAAGACACCGAUGAAGAAAUGAGAAGACGAGAGGCAGACAGAGAGCCUGUUAAAAAGAAAAAGAGGAAAGCAAAGAAAUCAAAGAAAGAAUCUGAAAGGGAGGAGGAUGGAGAAGAGGAGAAGGAAGAUGGAGACGAGGAGAAGGAAGAUGGAGACGAGGAGAAGGAAGAUGGAGAUGAGGAGAAGGAAGAUGGAGACGAGGAGGAGGAAGGUGAAAAGGUGGAGAAGGAAGAGGAUGAAGGUAAGGAUCUGGAUACAGUUAAAACUAAGAAUAAAAAAAAAUUAAGCAAACACAGUAAAGAAAAAGAUGAUGAAGAAGAAGAACAAAGUGAAAGCGAACAAUAUUAUGGAAAGUCUUCUGAAGCGCACAUAGAAGGAAAUAAAGAGAAACAUAAGAAAGCCAGCAGAAAGGAGCAAAGCAAAGAAAAUCAGGAAAAUGAGAAGGCAUUAUCUACAUUGUUAGCCUCUGAUUCUGGAGGGGAAGGUGAAACAAAUGGUGAGGUUCAAGCUAAGAAAGAAAGUGAUGAACCAUGCAAAAAGAUUGUUAGUGAAACCAGUUCUAAUUCAGAGGAGAGCACAGCUGAAAAGAAAAAGAAAAAGAUUAAAAAGAAAUCAAAAGAUGGCAAGCCAUACGCAAAGAAUGACAACCAGAAAGCAAAAGCUGCACUUCUAGAGAGCGAAAGUGAAGAUGAUCUUGAAGACAAACCAAAACCUCGCUGCAAAAAGAAGAACUAUAAAAAAUCUCUCAAAAAAGAUGAAGUUGCAAAGAAGCAGUUAAAAACACUUAGAAAGACACUUACUGAGGAAGAAAGAGAAGAACUGAAAGAAAAGCAACUGAAGGACAAGUGUCAGGUGGACCUUACAGAACUUAGUUCAUCUGUGAAGGACAAAAUUAAGGAAGAGGAUUUUGUUUAUGUCACAGAUUUCCCAGAGCUUUACUUAGGUAAUAGACGUACAUUUGACAGCGAUGACUGUGAUGCUGAUGAAGAAGAAUCUGACAAAGAGUUUACAAAGCUAAUGAAUUUCAAGAUGACAAAGUACUCAAAACCUGCUCCCAAAUGCAAGAAGAAGUUUGUAAAGUCAGAAUCCGAGCAGGAGGAGGAAGGUGAAGAUGAGGAAGGUGAAAAUGAUGAUGUGGAUGAAAAGGAAAAUAAAUCGAAUAAGAAAGUAAAGAAGGAAGGGGCUGUAAAGAAGAAAAAAGAAGGUUUACUCGAUAUCAGCAUUGACAAAGAAGAUGAGGACGAGGACGAAGAGGAGGAGGACGAGGACGAAAAUGGUGGUGAUAAGAAUAAAAAGAAGAAAAAAGAAGGUGGCAUUUCAUUAAAUGAGAAAAUGAAGAAGCAGAUUCUGAUGAGUAGUGAUGAAGAGGACGAGGAGGAUGAGCAGGAUGAAACGCUGAAAGAAGAUCCAGAGGAAGAAGAAAAGGAGAGAAAGAAAUAUGAAGAGAAAAAGCGAAAAAAAGAGGAGGAGAAACAACAACAAGGAAGUGGAGAGGAAUCUGGGGAGGAGUAUGUUCCAAAAGUAUACAAAAAAGGGUAUAUGAAUUUAAAUAUAUCGUCUGAGGAUGAGGAUGGUGCCGAGGAUGAAAAGGCUGAAAUUGAGAGUGAUGAUGAAAACGACAGCGACUUUGAGGAAUCGCCCAGGAAGAAGAGAUCAUUCCAAAUAUCCUCUUCAGACAGUGAAGAUGAUAAGAAAAGGAAGAGAAAGAAGGCUUCUUCUUCAGAUUAUAAUAGUGAAGACGAAGAAGACUCUGAUAAACCAAAGGCCAAACGAAAACGGAUAAAGAAAAUGACAUCGUCGUCAGAUGAUGAUGAUGAAGACGACGAGAAAAAUAAAGAAGAGUCUCCUAGCAAGCAUAAGAAGAUUCGACGUGUGAUUCGAGAUGAAGACCUUUUGGAGACCACCAAGAAUGCCACACAGGAAGAAGAAGAGCGACGUAAACGUAUUAAAGAACGCCAGAAGCAGUACAACCAGAUAUUUGAGAUUGAUGUAGAAUCUGAUCAAAAGGAGUUGGGUAAAUUAGUCUUGGACUUUGACCCAGAAACUAAGGCAGAACUUGUGUCUGUUCAUGAGAAGCUGGUUAAGUUCUUAAAACCUCAUCAGUUCAAAGGAAUAAAGUUCAUGUGGGAUGCAACUAUUGAGAGUCUAGAAAUGCUGAAAGAAAAUACUGGCAGUGGCUGCAUUCUUGCCCAUUGUAUGGGUCUGGGCAAAACUCUACAAGUAAUCACCUUUGUCCACACGUUGCUGUUAAGUAAGAAGACCAACAGGCAUAUUCAGAGAGUUAUGGUGUGCUGUCCAGUCAACACUGUUUAUAACUGGGUCAGUGAAUUCUCCAAUUGGCUCAAGGGGAAGAUGUUACCAUUUGAUGUCGUUGAGCUUGCUUCAGCCAAAGAUUUAUGGGGUCGAGCAUAUCGCCUUGAUGACUGGUGGCGGGAAGGAGGCGUGUGCAUUAUAGGCUAUGACAUGUUUCGAAAUCUCUCAAAUAGCAAAUGCAAGCGGUAUAAAGGCAAGAUGAAAGAGAUCUUCCAGAAAACACUAAUAAAUCCAGGUCCGGACUUGAUGGUUUGUGAUGAAGGUCAUAUACUGAAAAAUGAGGCUACUGCACUCUCAAAGGCAAUCACUCAGAUUAAUACAAAAAGACGUAUUGUGCUCACUGGUACUCCUCUCCAAAAUAAUCUUAAGGAAUAUCACUGCAUGAUCCAGUUCGUUAAACCAAAUCUUCUUGGCACGAAAAAAGAAUUUAUGAAUCGUUUCGUUAAUCCUAUUGAGCAAGGCCAGUGUGUUGAUGCCAUGCCUCGAGAUGUCCGGAGGAUGAAGAGAAGAGCUCACAUUCUUCAUAACCUAUUAGAAGGGUGUGUACAGCGUUUUGAUUACACAGUCUUGAAGCCAUUCCUGCCUCCAAAGUUUGAAUUUGUUAUAUCAGUUCAGCUGUCAGAGAUCCAAUGCAAGCUAUACCAAUAUUAUCUGGAUAAUCUGGCACAAGGUGGUCCCAAACGUCAAGGAUCAGGCUUGUUUGUGGACUUCAAUUGUCUCUCCAGAGUCUGGACUCACCCUAAGGUCUUAGAGUUGGCUGUCAGAAGAGCAUUGUUUAAUGAUGAAGAAGAAGAAUUGGAUGAUUUCAUUUGUGAUGACACGACCACCUCUGAUUCUUCAGAAGAUGAAAGAUCAAGAAAGAAAAAGAAGAAGAAAGAGAAGAAGAAGAAUGAGGAGUCUGAGGAGGAAGAAUUAAAAGUAGAGGAGUUUGAAAAACCUGGUCCCAUUCCUGGGUUAACUGAGAGUGGUAAAGUGCGUGUUGAUUGGUGGAAAAAAGUAAUUGAUGACAAUAUUUCCAAAGAUGAAGACGAAGCUGACUUUUUAGACAAACUAGAGCAUAGUGGUAAACUUAUACUUCUGCUCGAUAUCCUACGAGAGUGCUCUUCCAUUGGUGAUAAAGUGCUGGUUUUCAGUCAGUCGUUAUUGGCCUUGGAUAUGAUUGAAGAGUUCCUGCAGUUGAUAGAUGAAGGGACACUAGACUUGCCACAGCCUGAGGAUCCCUUACCUCUACCAUUUAAGCAGUGGAAAAAAGAGCGGGAUUACCUGCGUCUUGAUGGCUCCUCUUCUGCUGACACUCGAAAGAAUAUGUGCAAAGUCUUUAACAAUCCCACUAAUGAGAGAUGUCGUCUAUUCCUCAUAUCAACUCGAGCAGGAGGUCUCGGCAUCAAUCUAGUUGCUGCUAACAGAGUGAUUAUCUUUGAUUCUUCCUGGAAUCCAUCCCACGACACCCAGUCAAUCUUCAGAAUAUAUCGCUUUGGACAGAAAAAGCCAUGUUAUGUUUAUCGUUUUGUGGCACAGGGGACAAUGGAAGAGAAAAUCUACUCCAGACAAGUAACUAAAAUGUCAACAGCUUUACGAGUAGUGGAUGAACAUCAGAUCAAACGUUAUUUCAAGAUGGAUGAACUGGCGCAGCUGUACGAGUUUACCCCAGCCGAUGCUGAUAAGCGCGACAUACCGAAUGUGCCAGAGGAUCGACUUCUAGCUGAAAUGCUGAAACGACACAAGAACUGGAUCGUAGAUUAUCAUGAACAGGACUCGCUCUUGGAAAACCAAACAAGUGAAGAACUAACGGAAGAAGAGCGUACGGCAGCUUGGGAAGACUACGAAAAUGAGAAGAAAGGCUUUAUGGUUCAACAACAACGAAACAGUGUGAUGCCGGUGGUAGGCAAUCCUACCAUGAUGGCCAAUGCCAGCAGUUUGCCAUCACUCUCUCUAUCAUCAUUCAGCUUUGAAGGAGUUGUUAACACUAUUAAAGCUCAGAACCCCAACCUAACUCAACAAGAGAUGUGUGAGAGUGUAGUGCUGGCAACUAAACAGAUUCAAAAGAUUCACCUCAACCACUAUCAACGAGUUCAAGGCAUGGUUUACAAUCUGAAGAACCCAAUGAUUGCACCAGAGCAAAGGAAACUUCUGCCAUUUGGGAACCAUCCUGAAAUGCUUCCCAUGCUUGAGCAGCAGUUGAGAAUGCUGGAAGAGAAUAUUCAGAGAGAGAACCAAGUCAUUAACCACAUGUCACAGAUCACUCCACAAAGAGAUCAGGUGUCUAUGGCUAGUCUGAUGUCUGCUGGGCUGAUUCGUGGCCAGCCGUCUAGUGCAGGAGUUAGCUCGGCUACAGCUAAUUACGUGACGAGGCCUGCAACAUCACAAAUUAGACCAGUUAUGGUGCCGCCUCAGCAAAAACCUCCAGAAAAGAAACCGGGAUCAAAUGAUGUCAUUAUGCUUGACUGAGAUGCAUAUUUCUAGUUUAGCACAAUAUCAUUGUUCCUGAGUGUGUACAAAGAACUGUUGGUUUUUGGGAAUCUCAGAUCGUCGGUGGUGAUUUUUCAUGCAGUGCAUUAGAAGAUUUGAUUACUGUAUUUUCAAUAUUAACCAAGAGGCUUUAUAUUUUUUAUUUUCAGCCUUAAAUUUGUCCAAUAUAUGUAUGUUUCUCUGGCCGACAUGUUAUAUAUGCUUACUGAGGUGAUUGUCAUACUUUCCUUAUAAUCUUGUUGAUUAGUGCAAACAUGUGGCAAGUGUUACAUUUAUUUAAGAGCCUUGACCAACUUCAAGAAUUCCUCGGCAAAUAUAUUGAGCAUUGCUAAUGAUGCUUUAGCACUUAGUAAAGCUUAAUGGUUGAUGAUCAUGAAUGAUAGCAUACCAUACCAUGUAAGUACAGUAUGUAUGCAUUUAUUAAGCACAGUAGUUCUACAUUUAUUUUGUAAACUACACUUCAAAUUAUGAUUUUAUAAAGUUUUGUAAAGUUUCUCCUUGGGGAGUAAACUUUAAUAAGAGAAUGUAAUUUUUGUGGCUUGCUGUCAAAUCAUGGUAUACUUUUUAUGUUAUUAUAUAUACAGGUGUUUAUAACAAAUUUACUGAUGCCAUAUCCAUUCGCCCCCUUGUGUCCACAGGCUUAACAGUACUUAACAGUACAGUACCUUAUCACACAUGAUGAGACUCGCACAUUCACAGUGUGUGGAUGGCUACCACUUAUCAUACAAAGUUCAGUCCUAAGGUUCCAGUGAACCUAACACUUCUUCUCACUUCUACAACCAAUUCAUCUUUUUAUGAAGACAAAAAUACAUCAUUACUGUAAAUAAAAGUUUUUUCUGGUCAUAUACACAUGAUAUCUACAAAAAUCGGUUAUCCAUUUGCUCUUGGGCAAGGCCUCAGUGGAUAUGGUAUAAAUGCCUCUAUGUAUCAAAUUAAUAUAUCUAAGUUUAGACGACCAUGAAAAAGAAACUGCUUUAAUAGUUUUGUAAUUUCACAGCAAGUAUAAUUCUCUGGUAAGAUGAUAUAAUAAACCUGUAAUAUUUUUAUAGUUCUUUUAUAAUUUAUUAAUGAUAUUUCCAUAUGGAUAAUAUCCAGCAUAAGCAGGUAUGCUGUUGAAAUAUGAACUGUAUGAAGGUAUUGUAUAAUUAGAAAUAAUUUAUUGCCUUAAAUAUUAUUCAUAAAUAAAAAAAAUUUGAAAUAUAUAGAGCUUAAUAUUUUAAUUUUCAAAAUUAAUAAGUUUGCAACUACAAUUUUUAUAUUUUGCUAACUGAAAUGCAAAAUAAUUUUCUUGUUUAGUUUAUUCAAAAUUACCAGGUAAUUGUGUUACGAAAUGUAUCGAAACUUGAAUGAAAGUUCUUCUAUAUAAUUAAUAAUAAAUGUGUACCUUCAUAAUAACCAGACCAGUCUAUGUUCUUAACUCUCCUUAAGCUCUGAUAUUUUGCCCACUUAUUAACCCAUGUUUUCAAGUUUGUCUGGCAGAUUUAAAGGUUUAUCUUUCAGAUUGAACUACAAGUCUCAUGGAUUGAAAGACAUAUAUUCUGAACACGACAGAGGUUAGGAAUUCCUCUCGGUAUAUCUUCCAUUAGCAUCUUACUAGUGAUGUAUUUUAAGCUUUAUUUUUUUUUUAAUGUUGGGGUUAUAUUUUUAUUGGUUUUUAGUGUUUUUGACUUCACAAAAACACCUUAUAAUUUAGAAUCAUUGAAUGUGGUAAAGUACAAAUACAAUACCAGUCGUGAAAUUAAAAGUCCAUGAAAUUUAAAUAUUUCCCCAACAAAGUACAGUAGUCCGUUUAUUAAUGCGGUGGUUCUCAACUGUUGGGUUAAAAGAAUAUUCAAAUACUUGUUUUUUUUUUUUAAUUACGAAAGUGUGGCAAGGGUCACAGGUCUCUUGAGUAUUCAAAAAAUAUGGCCGAGUCCAAAAUUGGUUGAGGACCACUGCAUUAAUGGGUUUAAUUACAAGAGCUUAUACAAGAGGGUUCUGAAACAUAAUUGCGUAUCAUAAACCCAGUAUCAUUUAAUACUUGUAGAACAAUAACUGCAUGCUUAGAAGAUUAGAAAUCAAUAGAUGUAUCAAAAUUGGAUAUGGUGUAGAGUGGCUAUUUAUUUUCCUAUCAAGGACAGCCUGUUGUGGAAUUUGUAGCAUUCCUGUUGGUAUAUUGAUGUACACUGUAAUGAUAUUGACAGUAAUAAAUGGACUUCUUUAGUA